AUCCAGGAAAGGGCUGGCCCAAUGGGCACCGGUCAGCGAAGACCAUCUCGAUCUCCUCGUAGUCAGAGGAGUCGUAGCGCAGAUGUGGAUUGUUUGAAGAAGUACACGGAGAGGCGGGUGGAGGAGAGAAGACACACAGAGAUACCAGACACAAGCAAACUCGAUCCCUCCAGAUGGAUUCCAUUACCAAAAAAUAUUACACGAAUCCAGCCAGCUUUGAAGAAGUCGCCACAAUCGGCGAGGGACGAAGAAAAACGACGUUCAGUGUCGGGCGAACCCGAGGAAAUCAUAACAGAUAGCGGUAAAGCAAACGCGGGCACACCGAAGAAAUUGUCACCUACGAAAGAGGAAGAAACGACAAAAGGUCCUGACGAAGGGAAAAGCGAUACGUCCUCGCCAGCCACAUCCAGACAGACGGGCGGCAGGAGUCAUAGCGCGGACGUCAGUCACAUAAAGAAAGAAAAACUGGUCGAGGAACGAAGGCAUACGGAAUGCAGCGACCCCAGAACAAUCGCGACGAGGUGGCUACCGCAAAUUAACACCUCAAGGUUCCGCUACGAUGCAUCUCCAUUCGCCAGGAUCAGCAACAGCUGCGAAAUCACGAAAAACGCCGCGACCAGAUGGAUGACGUUCGUCAAGAAUCCAUCCCCGUGUCCGAUACCGCGAAUGAACCCGGAAAGAAAGCCUUCCGCGGCGGAAGCGAGUCACGCGACCGACGGCUCGCAGCUUAAAAACAAUAAAAAUGAAUCCCCAAUAUGGGAACCGCUGCGAAAAUUCUCACCAAUGGCGUCCAAGACCAGUAUAGAAACUAAUGAUAAACAAGAUACGGUGAACCCGAAUCGAGAUUUACCAUCAUCCAGACAUUCUCCGGAUGCCAACGAGCAGUCAAGAAGACUUACUCAACGUAUGCGAGAUCUAUACGACUUCAAAACGGAAAACGAGUGGCCAAAGAGGGCGACGAAUGCUCGACGUGGAAACGCAUGGAUGAGUAAAAGUAGCAGCGAGGAAGAUAGGACUAAUAAACCAGUUCGUAGGAAUAGCCAAGAUUUGGAGUUCAACGACAGAGUAAAUGUUAUCAAGUUAAAGGAUACGAAAGUACAGUCGGAUCACCAAGAACCCAAACGUACACCAAAGAAAGAUGAACACCCAGGUGGUAUCGACGUUUUCAACAGCGAAUACGAAGAACGUUUAAGGAAGUUCAACGAGAGACUCCGUUUCAGCGAAGAUCUAGGCUUGGCCAAGCCGAAGAUCAAGGAAAGACGAACCUACUCCGACGACUAUGACGAGAAAUCUCGUCGAGCUUCCACGCGAUCGACUCGUACGGAAGGUUCAGCGCAGCUGACGCGUGCAGAAGGAUCUGUUCGAUCGACACGUAGAGAAGAUUCAAUUCGAUCAACGCGUACAGAGGACUCGGUUCGUUCAACGCGUACAGAAGAUUCGAGUCGAUCAACGCGUACAGAAGAUUCGAGUCGAUCAACGCGUACAGAAGGUUCAGUUCGAUCAACGCGUACAGAAGGUUCGUCGGUUCGAUUAACGCGAUCGGCACACUCGGAAGAAUCGCAAGAAAAUCGCUUCCAGGCCGAGAAGAAGAGGCCAUCGGACGCUAGCAGCAAAUCCAGGGGAAGCUACGCCGAGGUUACUCCCAUAUCCCCCGUGAAAAGGGAUUCUCGCACGAGCGACGCAAGCUACGCGAGUAUCGCCAAUUAUUCUGCGAAACGAGCUAGCGUGGACUGCAAGAGUACUAGACAAAUGGUCGAGCUUCCGCCACGAAGGGCUUUCAGUCAAACGGAAGAGAGACCAUCGACGCCAGUUCCGCCGGUGGAAUGGAACGAUGACCGUUACGCGGCUGCUCGCCACAAACAGAUUUCCGAACGCCAGAAGAGAGACAGUACGAGAUAUAAAGUGUACCUGACGUAAAUGAACGAACGUAUUUUUGAUUCACGAAUAAGUGUUCAUAAAAGUUUCAUCGAUGUAACUAAAGAACGUUUCUAGAAAUUCAAUCUCCAGUGAAUUUUCUUCGACAGGACUGAUUCCAUAGGGAAAAUGUAAAAUGUCGCGAAAGAGUUAUCAAAGGUAGGCAAGAUAGAAAAGAUAUGUUUGAUAAAUUUACGUUCGAUGAUUUAUUUUGUCAGCCCGUGGUCGUUAGUAAGGCAAUUAUCCUAAUCAAGUAUUACACGUAGUCGUUGAAAGUUCACUAGCACCCGAAAUGCUUCUCUUUUGCCACUGUUCAGUGUCAAAUUUUUGAAUAUGUAUGUCAUACGCCGGUGGUGGUAUUUUAUAUAUGGAGGAUACUUGUAUAAUUUGUAUCGACAUUGUGGAACCGCAUACGACUAUUCAAUUACGACAGUGAAAGGAAUGUAUCGAUGUCCUUCGCGAAGUUUGAAUUGAAAUUGAUUUUCGAUAAUUGGUAUACGUCGUUGAAGGAGAUGUCGCGUUCCAUCAUGUACGGUCGCAACUGAACAUAAAAAUAUGAGAAGAAAGUGUACCUAAUGCUGUACAAAUCAUGUAAUACGAUUUAACUAAU